AUGGAAGCCGAAGACGCCACUACUCGCCACAGCCUCAUCAGCUGCAGCGUGGGCGAGCGCGGCCACUGGGAGUGGCCGCGUGAGCCCGUGUGCCCACGAGAAUGGUGGCACGACCCCACGUCGCCCCCUGGCGCGAAGCGCGAGGAGGGCGUCGGCCUGGCGCAUGCGGCGUUCGCCGCUUCGCCCGCGGCGGCCAUGGAAGGCAGCGGCAUCCAGGAGGAGGACUUCGUGGACUACGAGUCGGCAAUCAAGGCGAUCCCCGAGGGCGCCACGGAGGUGAGCCUCCGCGGGGCGCGGCUGAGCGAAGACGUGGUGAAGGAUCUCGCCGCAGCUCUCACGAGCGUGAACGACAAGGUGGCGUGGCGCUUCGCCGAUGCCCGGGAGAUCGUCGACGAAGACAAUGCGGAAGUGGUGCAGUUCGCGAAGGUGAACGAUGAGGAUGCGGAGAACGUGAGAUGCGGCUACGUGAAGACUGUGCUGGCCAACGUCACUUCGGUCAAGGUCUGGGUCCGGC